AUGGCAUCUCAUAUUGUCGACGACCUAGAAAAGACGGUGCACUCCACACCACCAGUCUCAUCCGCGGAUGAGGCUGAAAUCGAACCCGUCAAGACAUCAAAGCCCCGCGGCAUCUUGGCCACCAUUCGAUCCUUUGAACAAUAUCUUGAUGGCAAGUUGGGGAUCGAGUCGCACAGCCUGGAUCGGGUGCCUCCCGAAAACCGAGACUCACCAAGUACCAUCGUGAUGGCGCUGAUGUGGGCGUCGGCGACGAUGAAUAUCAGUUGCUUCUCCACCGGGUUUCUGGGGCAUAAGUUUGGGUUGUCGCUGGGUCAGACGAUACCGACUGUGAUUUUUGGGACCCUUUUGGGUGCUAGUGUCACUGGCUGGUGUGCAACGAUGGGUCCUGGAACGGGUUUGCGCCAAGUCGCCAUCUCCCGAUACUCGCUGGGCUUCUAUCCAUCUUCCGUCAUCGCUUUGUUGAAUGUGAUUGAGCAACUAGGCUGGGCCUCGGUCAAUUGCAUCACUGGCGGUCUUGCACUGAGCGCAGUGUCGGAUGGGCGGGUCUCUAUCGCGGUGGGCGUGGUGAUCAUUGCCUGCGUCAGUCUUCUUUUCAGCUUCGUUGGGCUUCGUGGGGUGUUGCUCUAUGAAAAGUACGCGUGGAUCAUGUUCUUCAUCAUCUUCAUGAUCAUCUAUGGCGAGGCCGCGCAUCGAGCAGACCUCUCCGCACCGGCUACCGUCAGCGGCGCAACGCUUUCCGGCAACGUGCUGAGUUUGAUCGGUGUGGUUUAUGGAUCCAGUGCAUCAUGGAGCUCGAUCGUCUCGGACUUUUACGUCCAUUACCCCGUGAACACAUCCAAACUGAAGAUCUUCUUGUUCACCACCUUUGGCAUCACAAUCCCCACCUGCAUCGGUAUGCUGCUGGGCGCAUGUAUCAGCUCUGCGCUUCCCACCAACCCCGAGUGGGCAGCUGCCUAUGAAAACGGCAUUGGCGAAAUUCUUCAGGAGAUCAUCUACCCCAAUGGCUUUGCAAAGUUCUUGCUCGUCCUUCUGGUCCUAUCCGGCAUCGGCGUCAACUGCAUCGCCAUCUAUUCCGGCGCCCUUUCCGCCCAACUCUUCGCGACUCCCUGCGCCAAAGUGCCCCGCGUCGUAUGGUCCAUCCUCGUCUUCGGCGGUAUUCUCGCCCUCGGCAUCGCCGGUCGAGACCACUUGCUGGACGUGUUGGAAAACUUUCUCUCUCUGCUGGGUUACUGGAACACGUCAUUCUUCGCAAUCCUGUUCAUCGAGCACUACUGCUUCAGAUCAGGCAACCUCGCAAACUAUGACCUGGACGCGUGGAAUACUCCGUCCAAGAUGCCCAUCGGUUACGCCGGUCUCACCGCAUUCCUCUGCGGCGCCGCCGGGUGGAUUCUCGGCAUGGUGGAAACGUAUUAUGUGGGCGUGUUGGCGGAGAAAAUCGGUGCCGAUGGUGGAGAUAUCGCGAAUGAGCUGGCGCUCGUCUUCACUUCGGUAUCGUAUUGGCCUCUGCGAAAAUUGGAACUGAAGUACGUGGGGCGGUAG